GUAAGGUGUGUCUUGUUGUUUCUAACCUUUAGGGUCCAGAUGUCCAGUCCUGACCGGCUCUUCUCUGAGCUCGAGGCGGACUCCUCUCUUCUGUGCACCUGGACUGGAGAACUGUUUCUAGAACUACACAACGGCACCUACACCACGCAGGCACAGAUUAAGCUCGGGAAUCGUCAGUGUGAGACCUUGCUCCAUGACGUUGAGGUGGCCAGCAGCUUGGCUCUGUGUCUGGACAAAACGUUCCAGUACCCCUCCGAACCGCUACAAAUCCUCUGGAGGCAGCUCCUCCUGAACCAGUUCCAUGAUGUGAUUCCUGGCACCUGUAUAGAGAUGGUGGUAGAGGACGCAAUGCGAUAUUAUCAAG